UCGCCAUUUUGUGAGAUCCUUCAUUUUCUUCAUGUCGAAUCGCGUGUUAUAGUAACUCAUUAAACAUUCUUCUUGAGAAUGAGUUUUCGAAGUCAUUCAGAUAAUGGACCAGGUUUUGUGGGCAUUAAAUUUUGCCAAGAAUGCAACAACAUGUUGUACCCAAAGGAAGACAAAGAUAACAAGAUACUGUUAUAUGCUUGUAGAAAUUGUGACUAUCAGCAAGAAGCCGACAACAGUUGCAUCUAUGUGAACAAGAUCACUCAUGAAGUCAAUGAACUGACACAGAUUGUAACAGAUGUUGUUGCUGAUCCCACAUUACCAAGAACAGAGGACCAUUUAUGUCCCAAAUGUGGUCACAGUGAGGCAGUGUUUUUCCAAUCACAGUCCAGCAAAGCAGAUCAAAUGAGAUUGUACUAUGUGUGUACAGCGGUUAACUGUGGAAACAGGUGGACUGAAUGAGAGACAACUCACUGAACUUCAACGUACAGUAAAAAAUUAUAAAGGGAACAAUAUUACCAACUCCUUCUGCAGACGUCCUGACGGCUCUUCAGGAAAAAGCAAGAUGAAACCAUUAUUGCUGUUCGAAAACAUUUAAUGUUUAGUAUAAGAAGAGAGAGACUGUGUUUUUCAGUUCA